AGUGUCGCAUGGGAGAAUGCACACAUAUCUUCAUCCAGUUUAACCCAUGGGUUCGUUUAGAGAGGUUCCAGCUCCGUGGUAAUAGUGGCUCUAACGUCCUUGAGCUGCUUGCAGCCAUCGGCUAUGUCUGGGCACCGCUCACUGCUGAUUUGCAGUCCAGCUGCUGUGUCUUGCCUGAUCGUGGUUCUACUUCUUUCCCAUCCAGCCCGGCGUUUGGUUGUGAAGAUCAAGCGAUGGAUACACGCUUGUUUUUCAAUAGGGGUUCGACCUCUUUGCUUUCAUUUGUCAAGCAUGCGCCGCCUCCAGCAGUGCAGCCGGUGCGGCAAGGUGUUUCUACCUUGGGAGCUUUUCUACCAAUGCGGCCGCUGCGAACGGGUGCAGUUCUGUUCUACAUGCAAGGACUUGCAGCCCAAUGCUGGCCAUGAUCAUGGGCUUUACCGAGAGGUGCAGCCACUGGUUGUAGACACAGCCAUCCUAGUGACAGCGAGGUGCACUUCAGAGGCCACUGCUCUUGCCCUUGAGUUGUAUGGUCCUCGACCAUGCUUGGGGACUCGAGUGUCUACAAACGCCUCUGGAGAAGCUACCUUGAGCCAGGACUACAUGUGGACUUCAUAUUCAGAAGUGGCCUGCACUGUCGGACGGUUUUGCUCAGGGCUUUCGGAGGCACUUGGCGAUCAUCUGCGCAGCAGGGGUGAUCUCAUGAUGGGUGUUCUUGCUUCAGUGAGUUUGCAAUGGUUUGUUGUAGACUUCGCAUGCACAUUGAAGUGCAUUCCUUUGGUUAUCAUGCAUAGAGCUACCAGUGAGAAGCAGCUUGCCCAUAUUUUGGAUGAGUCUGGGCUCACGGCCCUAGUUGCAUCAGAACAUUUGUCAGAAUUGGUUCUCCACGCCGUCAAGCUCACACAAUCAUCAAACUUGCAGCACAUCAUUUGGAUUGAUGAUAUGGCCAGCGCGUACGAGCUACAAACUAAAAGGUUGCUCAUUCGCGCUGCUGCAAAGCAAUCCUUUGCUCCUGGUGUACCUGUUCUGCAGCACUCCUGGAACACAGUGCUAGGGCAUAGUGCAGGUGCGCAUGCCAAUGUUCAGCCAAGUUUUGUUUUUGCAAAUUCAGAAACGCUUUUGAAACUGCUUCCCUCCAGCGGUAGUACAGGAUUGCCGAAACUUGUUGCUAUCACAGAGGGCGCGUCGUUCAAAGUCGGAAGUUGCUCCAGAUUCCAAUGCUCAGUUGAGGUUGUCGCAUACGCCUACGAAGCCAUCCGUCAGACUCAUGAUGUCUUGCUUCAGGGUGGCAGGAUAGGCGUGUUCUCUGGAUCGCUGGAUAAUAUGCUAGACGAUGUGCAGAGGCUCCGGCCUACUGCAUUUGCAGCUGCACCAACGUUUUGGAAUAGCUUGUACAGUCAAUUUGAGCAAGAUGUCAUCGAGCAUCAGCGGCAGCUCCAAUCAGAUGGUGCGAGUUCAUGUGUACAUCGAGGGGAAAUACUGCAAGAUUGGAUGGACCGGAAGGUCUUAGGCAACCGGAUUGUUGCAUUGAUCUCUACCGGAGCUCCGCUGCGGCAUGAGGUCCAGCGGUGGCUCGUUCGCGUCUUUGGAAGGGUUGUUAUUAAUGCUUAUGGUACGACAGAGACUGGGUGUCUGAGCAGCAACGACAGCAUUAGGGAUGGUGUCGAAUUACGUCUUCGUGACGUGCCCGAAAUGGGGUACAUGACAUCAGAUCGUCCCCAUCCUCGGGGAGAGAUCUUGGCCAGGACAUCUCGCAUGACUUAUUUUCGGCCCGGGGAUCUUCGGAAGGACGGCAUUGUGGCCGCCUCGGUGAAUACCGAUCCCUCCGCUUGGAUCACCAUUGGAGGUGUACGAUACUUCCGUACUGGGGAUGUGGGUGAGCUAGUUGCGCCCGGACAGGUGAAAGUGAUAGAUCGUUGCAAUAAUCAUUUCAAGCUUGCCCAGGGUAUCUAUGUUUCCCCAGAGGUGGUAGAGGACAUAUUUAUGACUUGCAAAUUUGUGCGUCAAGUCUUCGUCUGGGGAUGCAGCUUGAUGCAAUCGUUAGUCGCUGUGGUAGUGCCCAGUCGAGCUUUGCUGAUGGAGUUGGGGCAUCACACCACGUGUGCACAGUUCUCGGAUUUGAAAGACGCGAAUCUAUUACAGCAAGCUCAGCGGUUGGUGCUGGGAAGCCUGCAGCAACUCUGCAGAGAGCAUGGGCUAAAGCCCUGGGAGACACCGCAAAUCAUAUUAUUGGAGUGCAGACCGUUCUCCAUGGAGGCUGGCCUUCUCACCUCCUCUGGCAAGUUGUGUCGGGCUGCUCUUAUUCAACGUUAUCGCCAUCGUAUCGAAGACCAGUGGUGUCGAGGAGCCGCGAUCUGCCACCCCGUGCCACGAGCACGAAGUUGGAGGUCUCUGCGCCGGCCUGCGAGAAGUUUUGCGCGAGUUUGCAGCAGCGCCGCAGGUUUCGGCCGACGACAAGAUCUUGUCGCUGGGCUUAGACUCUCUAGGGUUUGUCCGCCUCUCUGCACGCCUCUCAGAGAGAUUCGGCUUGGAAGUUCCAGCUGGAACUCUCUUCAUGCUGGACACGUUUCAAGAGCUGGAGCGUGUUAGUCAGUGGCCUUCGGCCCUUCCAGCCACCGUGCCUUGGCUGUUGGUCAGAGGCCCCUUGGAUGCCUUUGGGGAUAUCAGUGAGAGGCUUCUCAGAAGCCUCUUGGAGUCGAGAUACGCGACGCGCGCCGGCCUCUGGUACUUCUUCACUCGGGACUGGGGACGGAGAACUCCAGGGGACUCGAGGACACUCCAACUCGUGCCUCAAGGCACGGUGACGGAUAUUUGGUGGGAGCUCUGCAAUACGUCACGCAGUAGGUCGAUGCACGCUUGUCGACUGGGACGCAGAGGCUAGUAGUGCAUUGACCGAUCUCCAAUCAGAUUUGAAACAGCAGUUCGGAGUGCAUGCUGGGGGCACGAGUGCAGAAACUGGAAAUUCAGUAUCCAAUCAUGCUAUUGUCUUGGUCUCAGGAGCUACUGGAUUCUUGGGCGCGUUUAUUUUGGCUCAACUAGUGGAAACAUUGAAGGCGCAGAGGAUCAUUGCUCUCGUGAGAGCUUCCAGCCAGCGGACUGCGCAGAAGAGACUGGCCGAGACCAUGUCCUUCUACAAGUUGAUGAACGAGGACGGUGUAGCAAACAGCCUGGAAGUGUUAGCCAUAGCUGGCAUUGAGGAGGAGUUCUUGGGCCUCACCCCAGGCAUGUACCAAGAAGUUGCCCAGGGAGUCCGUAUCAUUUACCACUGCGCAGCUCAUGUCUCCUCUGGUCUUCCGUACGCAGCGCUUCGACCUUGUAAUGUCGUGGGCACCCGGCGAUGUGUAGAGUUGGCGUUGCGAGCUGGGGCUAAAUUUGUAUAUAUUUCGACCCUCGGCUUUCUCGAUGGAGGCCAUCCAGAGACUGCUUCGGUCAGCCCGACGUCCCUGGCUGGAAAGUCAGGAUACGUCCAGUCAAAGUGGGUCGCUGAAAAGCUUGUUUGGCAGGCACAGGAGCAUCUGGGGUUGCAGGCUCUGGUUUUCAGACCUGGUGCAAUUUGCGGCGAUUCAUUUUCUGGCGCAAGCAACCCCAAAGAUGCUGUGAGCAACAUUGUAUGCGGGUUAGUUCGUUUGGGAUGUGUCAGCGUUGAUCCUCGCUCGCCUCUACCACUUUCCUUCAAUCUAGUGCCAGUGAACUACGUGGCUGAUGCAGUUAUUCGCAUUUCGUUGCAAGACGAUGCGUGGGCUCCUGUGCCAUACCACCUUUGUGCUUCUACUCGGAUUAUGCUGCCAACCAUUGCGCUCUGGAUAAGACACGCUGGUCAUGGCCUCGAAGAGGUACCGCCAGAGGUGUUUUGUGCCCGGGUGCGUCAGGUGAUUGAGUCUCACCCUUUAUUCAUGUUCAAGUUGCAACUCUCACAAUGCCGCCAGGUGAAAGGGCAAUUGUCUUUAGAGCCGGUUGCAAAGCAUACAGUCCGAAUGCUGCGGUCGAGACCACAUCUCCCCAGGGACCUGACUCAGCCAGCCUUUACCAAAUCUCUGGAUUUCUUGUUGCGAGAGUCACAGCAAUGGCACCAGUCAGUAUAGGCGGACAUUGGCUUACAUCUUGUCCGAUGUCCAACAUACAGCGAGAGUGCGCAGCCUUCCUCAUGACUCAAUUGGCAGCUCGAGUGCGAAAGCAUGGUUCCAAUGGGCAGCCAAAACGGUAUGAUCUAACAUUUAUUCAACACGUGCGCCAACGAGUUCUAAUACACAUGUUGUUUUCAAGCGCAACUGACUGGCAAUCCACCAUAUCGCAAGCAUUGAACUUCGAUUCCUUGGGCUAGGUUAUGCAGCCGAUGCUGUGCAGCCGAUGCUGAGCACUAUAUGCUGUGCAGUCUAUGUUUAGCAAUGUUUGUUGUGAUAUCUAUGUGGAGCGCCUCAAGAUGUGCAACCUAUGUGGGCACAUCUAUGUGGGGAACUCUACGUGGUGCUAAAUAGUUCGUGCUUUCUAUGCUUGGCAGGACUAGAGGAGACGCAAUAUAUGUUGCGCGGUUGAUGUGGUGCAAUCCCCGUGAUGCAUCC